AUGGAGGCUGAGAGACAAAAGCGCAGAAGGAGCGGGGCGUCUGCUUCGUGCUCGCCCGCAGGGUCUUCACCCUCUUCCCCAGUCUCUUCCGUCUGUUCCUUCUUUCCGUUCGGUGUUCCCUCCUCCUUUGGGAGACUGGAGUUGUCUUCGACCUCGAUGACGUCAUGGCUUCUCUUCCUCCACUGGGUGGCCGCGCAGCUUCCUGUCGCCCCGGCGUCGGCUGGAUUUGCAAAGUUCGAAGGCAGCAGGCACCAACGGGGAAUCCCCUCCCGUCGCGAAGGCGGCAGACUUCUCGCGGAUCGGUCCGUCGGCACACGCGCUCUCGCUCGCUUCCCAGAAGCUCUCGGCGACUCCGCGGGCGACAACAUGCCAGGAGCGCUGCUGAGAGCUCGGCCAACGCGAGAACUGGAGACCGACCAUCUUCAUGCAGAAAACGGAGCAGGUGGGUGCGGUGCUCGCCCCUCCGCGUCCUCGACUUCGUCGCGUGACGUGAGGUCUUUUGCUGCGGUGACAUCGCAUGCAGAUGCGCAGAUACACGGCUCAGUCGCCGAUGCACAGCCGACGCUCGGCGUCUCGAGCUUCGCCCCGGCCAGUCUGUUCUCUGCUUCGCCUUCGGGAAGGCAUGCGCCUCGACACCAUGCCCCCACUGAAGAGCCUCUUGCCCGCGCCUUCGCGGUGCUCGUCCGCAGCCUGACCGAUCCCAUCGAGAAGGCCUUGCAGACAGGAGACACGGUACUGCUUCGCGCCUUCCUCAGUCCUCUUACAGCCGAAACCGAGCACUCGGCUCAGGCCUCUCAUCCCUUGUCUUUCCCUGCGUUCAGCCAACGCGUCGAGGCGCGCGCCGCCAUGGAGUGCCUCAGAGAAACGAUCCUGACGUCGAAUUCGUUCUCAUUUUCGUUUUCGUCGUCAUCGUCUUUCUCGUCUUCGUCGUUUUUUUCUCCUUUCUUGUCUCUGGAUGCAUCGGCCGUCGACGCUUCGCCGCUUCCUUCUGUGUCUGCAACUCUCGUACCUUCGCUCGGCUUUCCGGCUCUAGCGACUUGGGCUGUCCAGACAGCAGAGGCGUUUCGGGCGUCAGACGGAUCUGUGGGGUCGGGGAAGCGUGACCGCAGAACGGAGGAGUCUCUGUGUGCUUGCGAGGGAGAUGGAGAACCUGAAAGGCGUUCCGCGACGAACUGCAAGCAGCGACGAACACACAGCAUGCAUGCAGACACCGGGGGCGACGCACAGAUAGCAGAGCAGCGGGACGCGGAGGACGAAGAUGUGGAGAGGGGGGUGCUGGAAGAGAGACGACGCGUGAGCGAAUCGCCAGACUCAGGGAGCGACAGUGCGACAGGAGCUCUUUGUUCGCCGAACGAAGAAGAGAGCGAGGAGACAGAGAGUGGCGAGGCAAAGCGACGAGCUGCUUUGCGAGUCUUUCUCGACGACAGGAUUUUCUUGUUGACGCAGGUCGCCGCAGUGAAGAUCGCUGCAUGCGCCGUUGCAUCCGUAACUGCUGCCACUGUUGAGGAUCUUCUCAACGGUCUCGGACAACAUGUCUCACCUGCCGCUUCCUCGUCUCUGUCCUCUGAGCGUUCUUCUUCCUCUUGUGUCUCGUCUGCAAUUCGUUCCGCGGCCUCGCUGCCUCCUGCCGCUCCUCCUUCGCCUCGCGUCACCUCGCGGUCCCCGCCGACUGAGGUCCACGCAGCGGCCGGAACAGAGGAGACAGGGGAGCAGAGCGAAGACGCCCCUGCAUGCAGCGUCGAGAGAGCGAGACAGAGCAGCAUCAUGGAGGAAACGUGCAGGCGGGAUGGUGGCGGUGCGACAGCCAGCCAUUCGCAGGCAAAGGCGAACGUCGCAUUGCUCGACUGCAUGUGGUGGUAUCUUCUUCUGAGAAUCCACGAGCUCCUCGAAGUCACCCGAGCCUUCUCUUUUGCCUCGUCGCCGCUCGCCUCUUCUGGCCCCGAUGAAGUGUCUCCUUCUCAGCUGUAUCCGCCGCCUCUCGCCGCGCUUGGUUGCCGUGUAAAACGCGAGCGAGACGCUGCCGAGGACGAGGACAGAGGCGUCCAGCGGUGUCGCUUCGACGCAGCUGAAAACGGACGUCGACUGUCGAUUCGAGCGGCAGAGACAGGAUCGGGUACAGGGCAAGGCGCGACCGCCGACGGAGAGACGACGAACGACUUUGACGAAGAUGAAAGACAGGCGGUCAAACGCGGUGGCGCACAGAGAGAAGAAGCAGGAAGGGCAGAGCGAAAAGGAGAAGGGAGAGCAGGACGAGAAGGAGAGGAAACACAUACAGGAGACAGGCAUGGGGGAGAUGUAGCGGGAGGAGCGGAAGUAGGAACAAGCAGAGAAGGGGAAGGACAGUAUGUGGAAGUGAGGGAACGAAUUUUUCGCUCGACGCAAAUCCUAGGGCGACUUCUUUGCUAUCUGAAGAAGCUGCAAAUGCACUCGCUUGGUGCGACGCGGCAGGCCUCAGAGGCCAGAGGUUCUCCUGUCUCGCCUAGCAUCGAUCGACAGUCCAGCGAGUUUCGCAGGGAUGGAAAUCCAUGUUCCCCUCCGUCGCCUCCGUUAGGCGAGAACGCGUCGACCUCUGCUGCUGUGGGGACCGAGUAUGCGGGUCUCGCGACAGCUACGCCAGAGAGCGGCGGAGAUGAGCGAGAGAAGCAAGGCAGAGAAGAAGCGCAUGCCGGUGUCGCAGAGCCGCAAGGCGUCUCCGGAAUUCUCGAAAAGGUCGAGUUCAACAUGCGUCUGCUCUGCGCGUCCAUCGGAAACUGCUUCGAGCGAUGGCCCUCGAUGCCUCCUCUGCAGAUGUACGAUCGUCUUCUGCUCCCUGAGAGAUCAGACGGUUCUUCGUCCUCUUCUCCUUCCCCGUCUUCGUCUGCCUCUUCUGCGUCUCGUGCGUCUUCCGUGGGUGCGGUGUCGUCCCCUUGCUCCUCUUCCUCUGCUUCGCUCGAGCCGCUGUCUGCCGGGGAGAGCGUGGUGGCUGUCUCGGCGCCUUCGCGUCUGCACGCAGCAAGUCGCGAGGCUGCCCCCGCGCUGGAUGGAAGGUGGGCAAGCAGGCUGGGGAACACAGGCAAGGAAACGCAAGAGCGUCCGGCUGUCGUCGCUCUGAGUUCCGAGGAAAGGGCAGAUCGACGGGGAGAGCAGGGAGACGGGGAGAGAGCAGAGAGGAGUUGCCGAGAUGGAGCGGAGCGAGAGAAGGAAAUUCGAGAUCUCGGAGCAGUGGCGAGCGGGGAAGACGCGAAUGGAGACGACAGGCGCGAGACCAGUGGAAGUAGCGAGAGACGGCAAAGCUCCGCGGAGAAGGCGAAGAGGCGUCAGACGGGGAAGGAGGCGGGAGGGGCGUGGUUGGAGAGGUCGUUCUUUGCGUGUGGAGUCGAGAGGCGAAGCGAGAAGCCUGGAGAGGAGGGCGGAGAAGGCGAUGAAGAUUGGUGUCUUUCCCCUCAACUGCAUCAGCUCGUCGACGCGGCGAAGCUUCGAGCAGACAUGCACGUUUUUGUCGAAGAAAAUGUCUUUUUUCUUCUCUCCCACUUGCACCAAGUAGCCUCCGAGCACGAGGAAGUGGCUGCGGCGUUCGACCUUCUCGCCAAACAGGGCGCCGUGUCGCCGCUCUUCCUCCUCUCAGGCGCAUGGACUCCCUGGCGAGAGAUUCGCGAGCUGCGGCUCGGCGCCCUGAUGACUACGCAGGCGAAAAUCCGAGAGUUGUGGGCAGAGAAAGAUCUGUGGCGAUCGCUUCUCGACGGAAUGCAGAAGGAGGUACAGAGACGGGGAAGAGAAGAGAGAGAAAGACGAGAGCGAGAACGAGAAGAGAACACGGUCGAGGACCAUGGCGAGAAUACGGAUCUUUCCGACCAUCAAGAAUCUGGCAAAGAAGGCGACGCAACGCGCAAGCCGGAAGAGAGCAACGGACGACUCCAGAACGAAGCUGCAGGAGGCAUCUCGAUGCCUGGAAAGCGUCACGACGUCUCCCUUCCGCUUGCGGAUGCACCAGUCAGAGAACAGGAAAGCCUCGAAGACAGAGGAGCGGGAAGAAGAGGACGUGAGCGAGAAGGCGACGGAGACGAGCGCAGGAAAGCGGAGAAGAGAAACGACCUCUUUGAGGGAGAGAGAGGUGGAAUGUAUCCUGAGGUCAGCGACGGCGGAAAUGUGGCGAGGAUGGACGAUCACUGGAACGAACGGGCGGAGGGAAAUGCAAUCGCGCGACCGGACGUCGGGGACGGAGGUCGCCGGCGCGGGUCGAGCCUUCGAGAAAACGCUUCCUCGCGAAGCGUGCAUGCGACUGUCUGCCGUGACAGCAGCAGUGCGGCCAGCGACGAAGCUGGAGAUCCACUUGUCUGGCAGGGAAGUCGAGGAAGGAACAGAGGAGAAGAAACGCAGGUGCUUGGGUCUCAGACAUGUAACAGAGAAGAGGAGCCACAACGACGUCAGCGAGCGCUCUCGAGCUGCGAGCCUUGCUCGAGUUCUACCUCGUCUUCCCCAUUCCCUUCUUCUGGGUUCUCCAGUUCUCCCGCUUCGUCGUCGUUUUCUGCGUUUUCAUCGGCGGUUGCGAAUUCUUCGCGUGGGCUGCGAGAGGCGCUUCUGACGUUCUGGUCUUGGGGAGGCUCUGGGGAGUCCAGGGAGGAGACGCGCCACCCCGGCGGCCUCGCGGCAAGGCCUGCGCACUUUGGACGAGGAGACAGGGCCGUGGCGGCGGGCGACAGAGCCGUAGAAAGGCCGAGGCCGGCGAAGGAAGGCGGCGACGAAGAUGCGGAACAGACAAAAAACAGGGAAGCCGCCGGCCGUGGAGAGAGGGGGAAGAGGACGGGUGGAGAAUACGACGGUGGCCGUGUUGACAGACAGGAGGGAGAACGAGAGAGGACAGAGGAUAUCGCUAUGGGGCACAAAGAAGCGAGGGAGGAAGAAGGAGAUGAGAGCCGAGUGACCAAGGAGAAAGGAGAUGAGGCAACCACGGAGGACAGCGAAGACGGAGAAUCAGACGCACAGAGGGAAGAACAGGGAGGGCAGGAGGAGCGAGAACACAAGAGAGGGGAGGUGACACGAGAAGAAGCAGACACAGGCAAAGAAGCGCAAGGGAGAGGCAGCGAAGACGAAGCGAGAGCAAGCGAGGCAGAAACAAACCGAGCAAUUGCAGCAGGCGAAGAAAUGGAGAGAGGGAAGGAACAGGGGACGUCAAAGGGUGAUGAAGACCCGGACAUGGAGGAGCGACGAGCUGGAGAGGAGACACGACAGUCACAGGAUGACGAAGGAAGGAGACCGGAUGGCCACAGAGGAGGCGACGAAGAGGAGCAGAAAAGAGAGAAGCCUGCGAAGGAGAGGAGAAAGAGACAGCGACCGGAGAACAGCGAGGGUGAGAAAGACAUGCAGAGAGAGCAGACGAGCGAGAGAACAGAUGCGCCUUCCCAGGCGGCAACAAAGAAGCCAAGGGGCUGCAGGCCUGAGGUGCGCACAGAGGACGAAAAGCGGAGAGAAGGCGAGAGCGACGAAGAUGAGGUUCCUGCACACGAUGGCGACGACCUUGAAGAAUCGCGGAGACCUGAAGAAGACGGAGAAGAAGCAACGCGGCACUCAGGCGUCAUCGAGGCAGAGGUGGACGAUGAAACUGCUCUGUGUCUCAGUUCCUGUUUCUGGGAAUCGGAGACCAACGUGGUCGUCGCAGAUGCGCUUCUCUCUGCAGCUGCAGAUCUCAUCACAGAGCCUGAGAAGCGAACAUCUUCACUGCGCUCCUCUUCUCCGCAUUCUUCUUCCUCUUCUUCGUCUUCUUCGUCUAUUGUGCCGUCUGCAGUGGCGCGAGCGUCACCGACUGUGCAGUGGAAAGAGGCGGCGGACAUGAAACCACGGAGUUUACUCGAUCCGCACCCGGGCGAACGGCGAGAAGAGUGGGAUUCAGACCCUGUAGACACGAGCCCAGAGCGCGUGGCGGAGUCUCGCGUGCGACCGCGACGAAAGAAGGGGGAAGGCGGGAGAAGGGAGACCAGAACUGGUUCGUCCGACAAAGAGAACAGCAGUGUGCAGGAGGGAAGGCGACUCGAGAAGCGCGUCUCUUGGACCUCUUCAGACGACGUUGAAGAGCGACGCAGAGGAGACGCGGACCAGCUCAAUGCAGCUUCCAAGCGGUACCGAAAGUAUCGAGACGCCGUGGGCGACCCAGACCUCGCGCGGCAAAUUCUCAAUGCCAGACACCCAGGCGCAGGUCCCGUCUGUCGACCUCAGCGCAAGUGGGAAGCAGCAGAUGAGCAGCUGCUGGUGGCGGGAGUCAACAUGUUUGGUGUCGGCAAAUGGAACGAAGUACACAAGUUCUUCCCACCCCUUCGCCGCUUCUCUCCACCUCAGCUGAAGGACAAGUUCAGGAUCCUCCAGAAGCUUCUGCAUGUGUGUCAGGACACCUACAGAUUCAUCGAGUAG